AUGAGUACAUCCGCCCCCGCCCCGGAAGUGCAACCCCGCUUCCAGCAGCUCUUCGCCGAGCUCGAGAAGCGCUUCCAAUCGACCAGCUUGGGCAGCGACAAAUGGUAUAUCCUCGCCAUUUCCACUCUGGCCGCCGGCCCAGACCCAGAACGUGCAGACCAGCUCUACCUGCACCUCUGCUCGCAACCCGGCAAUGCCACCCCUGCCGCGCGGCAGGCACUGGUUCGCCGCCUGCGGGAGGCCCUUAUUAAGGCCGUCCCCAUCGUCGGCGUCUGCAAGCCCAUCGAAGCCAUCCUUUCCAUCGGCAAGGUCGAGCGGGACGAAGACAAAGAUUACACCUUCACCCGAGAGGGCUGGCAAUGCGACCAGGCCAACCACGACCGCGGUGCAGCGUGGAUGCAGAAGCUGUAUUCGCGGAACACCAGCGGCACGCUGGACCUGUUCAGUGCCCACCGAGACUUCUCCUGGCUGUCGGAGGAGAUCACAUACGGCUUAUUCCUCUCGGAUCGCCAGAUCUUGGACGAUGUGGAUACGCAGCUCGUCGUGUUGCCCGGCAUCAUGAGCCAGAACCUGCCCAAUGAGACUCACUGGCAUAUCCGUGGCACAAGACGGCUCGGGCUCCCGAAGGAGGAGGUUCAGGUGAUUUGGGACUGUGUGCAGCUAGUUGCGCAGUUUUUUGAAGUCAAGUUGAAUAAGGUGCCGACUGUUGAGCAAGUCGAAUAUGACGUAUAG